UUUUAUGCCACAGAGCCAAACUUUAUCCAUUCGCAUGGCGUUUAUUUUUCAACAAUUUUCUACCGAGUCUAACGGCCACUCUCAAACACACACUGUUCGCUGAAAAAAUAGAAGAAAUAAACUGAAGAGCAAAAAAUUCAAGUGCACAUAAUUUGGCCAUCACACAGUGCACAGAUUUUGUGAGGGGAACAUUUUUGGCAUUUUUGCAGCUUAACUUGCUAAACUAUUUGAAAAUUUUGGUGCAAAGCUUUUCGCCUUUUUUCCGAGCCCCCCCCAAAAAAAUAUAUAGAAGAAAAACAAAAGGAAGCGACGCCUGGCAACCAUUCCCCAUAUUAUACCGAAAAAAGGGUUGUGAAUAAAUUUCGGCUUUGUUGGUUCAAUAAUCAAAAACGUUGGCAACAUGGCCGUUGUUUGGGACAGGAGUCAAUGGACGCAGGCGUGGCGGACCGACAGUCUUCAGCCGACGGUCCGCUUGAGCGGUACAAGGGCCACCACGAGCGGUACAACCAUCAUGUACGGUCGCCAGGCGGGCGGUGCAAACCAAUCGGUGGCGAAUGGCACCUCAAACAGUGGGGCAAAUAGUGGUGGUGCCGGUGCCCAGGGACAUGAUAAAAUGAAAAUUGGUUUCUGCACGGAUCUGGAUAAAUCUGUUUUGGUCAACAAUUUCGAAAAGCGCGGUUGGCAUCAGGUGAAUGGCGAUGAUGAUUGGCAUUUCUAUUGGGCCGGUGUGCAGACCUGCCGGAAUAUAUUCAGUGUGGAUAGUGGUUAUAGGAUGCAUGAUAAUCAGAUGAUCAAUCAUUUUCCCAAUCACUACGAACUAUCGCGCAAGGAUUUACUGGUUAAGAACAUCAAACGCUAUCGCAAGGACCUCGAAAGAGAUGGUAAUCCUUUGGCGGAGAAAACCGAAUCCAAUAAUUCCAGUGGUACUAGGUAUUUGUAUCUGGAUUUUGUGCCCACCACAUUCGUAUUACCAGCGGAUUAUAAUAUGUUCGUGGAGGAAUAUCGGAAAUUUCCGCUGAGCACUUGGAUCAUGAAACCGUGUGGAAAAUCCCAAGGAGCGGGUAUAUUCCUAAUCAACAAGCUAUCCAAACUCAAGAAGUGGUCAAGGGAGGCCAAGGGUCCUUUCCAUCCCCAAAUAGCCAAGGAGUCCUAUGUGAUCUCCAGAUAUAUAGACAAUCCCCUGCUGAUUGGCGGUAAAAAAUUUGAUCUGCGUUUAUAUGUUCUGGUGGCUUCAUUUCGACCCUUGAAGGCAUAUCUCUUUAAGCAGGGUUUCUGCCGUUUUUGUACUGUAAAAUACGAUACUAGUGUUACGGAAUUGGAUAAUAUGUAUGUACAUCUGACCAAUGUGAGUGUACAGAAACAUGGCGGCGAAUAUAAUACCCUACAUGGUGGUAAAUGGUCCGUGCAAAAUCUAGCCUUAUAUCUGGAAGGAACCCGGGGAAAGGAGGUUACGGAUCGCCUGUUCGGAGCUAUAUCCUGGCUUAUAGUGCACUCCUUGAGAGCUGUGGCUCCUGUGAUGGCCAGCGAUAGGCAUUGUUUCGAGUGCUAUGGCUACGAUAUCAUUAUAGAUAAUGCCUUGAAACCUUGGCUUGUGGAGGUCAAUGCCUCACCUUCGCUAACCUCAACCACUGUCAACGAUAGGAUCCUGAAAUACAAGCUGAUUGACAAUAUAUUAUCGGUGGUUUUACCCCCUGAUGGAGUGCCCGAUGUGCGUUGGAACAAAGUUCCCAGUGCGGAUGCUUUGGGCAACUUUGAACUCCUCAUCGAUGAAGAGUUGGCUGCCCAGGAUGAACAACAAAAUAGCAGCAGUAAUGCCCAUAGCAAAACCUCCAAAAUGGGCAGUCGUUGGAAGUGACGAAAGUAGGUUUGAGGGAGGGAUUCGUUGGGUCAAAAAAAUAUUAUUCACAAGCUAUGUGUAGUAAAUAAAAAUAUAUGUGGAAGAACGUAAGUCAAAUC